CAUUGAUCUACUGCAUUAGAUAGAGGUCUGCACUGCCAUAUCUUCACUCAUCUUGAGACCUGCGCCUGGACUGCCUAAUUCAACGUUAGAAUUUCUCUUGAUCAUAUGAAUACGUCGAUGCUGCUUGCUCGCCAGUGCCAGUGCCCGUCACCUGUCGCUCCCAUACUGUAAUUCCUCCAUUCGGUUAGAUGACCAGCGACAUCGCACACUCGCCCAGGCCAGACAAUAGAGAGUGCGUGGCCGCAUAUGGCGGAAUCAGGGAAGCACUCUUGCGUCGACUAGGUUGUUACUAUCUGCAAACACCUUAUCUGCCAUGAGGGGAAGAGUGCUACUAUUUGUGGCGUCGAUGGCAGACAUCUUAACGGGAAUCGGAUGUCACCUCCCGGCAAAAAAAAUAAAAAAAAAAUACUCGGAGUCCUGAGGCCCAGCUCGCAUAUUGCAGUGAGAUUGGCAUGGACUGCUCGGAUCUGGUACUAUCCCACAGCGACAUGGGACCCUACAAUGUGAUAGUCAACUUGGUUCAAACGAAUAAUGUCUCGGUUGGUGUCAUUGCUUGGGAGAUGGCCGGAUAUGUACCGCGCCACUGGGUCAGAACCAAGUUCCGCGUUUCCUCUGCUUUGGGCUUCGGCUUUCCUGGCUACGCUAAUGAGCGCCACAGUGAGCGUGUGAAUCGGAGGAGGCGCGUGCAGCAGAAGCUGGAACAAGAAAGCUUUCCCGACGUUGCAGACGCUUAUAUAACACGAUACGAAGACUCAAAGCGACAUGGCGAGCAAAAGGGUCCGGAAGAUAGCUCCUCUUAGUUUCCUCCCCUGCCCCCUUACCGCAUCGUCAACCUCAUGACUGUGAGUGUGCCGGUUUGCCUUGCGAGCUCUGGCACCUUCACUACUGCAAGUGCGAAUGUUCACCUUUUGAAGCCCUACUUGACCACAACGACAGCCAAUCAACCGGCUGCAUGCCCGGACGCCCAGACGUCCUAGAUACAUUAUACCAGCCGCGAGACACUCAGGAUGACAGAUUCCUCCUCUUUCAUUGUCGUGGCGAUAUAGAAGAACAGUUGUAGCAACGGCAACUGUGGGUCUACUAUUGUCCUCACAUUUAU